GGAGCAGUUAUGAUGCUAUAUUGGCUAAUAACCCAAGAGAAUUUGGUCGGAUAGAAAGGCCAACAUAUGAUGCGCGAAAUCUGCUUGACGAUCGCGAACAAUUUCGUAAAGUGAUUUAUAGUCUCUCGCAAACUGAGGAGGAAAUUGAAGAGGAGAAAUUGUGUGAUGACGAGCGGUGGGCGGAUUUGGAUUCUGAAGCGGAAGAUAUGUAUGAUUUCUCGGAAGAAGAACGGGAUGUGUACAUUGAAGACAAACAACAAGAGACCAUAGAAGAAAAAUCAGAAGAGCAAGUAAAUGUUACUGAAAAUUCUGAAUAUACGCCCAAAUUUGUUGUACCGCGAAAGAUGGUUACGCCGAAAAGCGAAAGAGUCGACGAAAUAAUCGAAAGAACCGCGAGGUUUUUAAAUACCAGUAAUGAUCCACAAAUAGAGAUUGUACUGGAAGCGAAACAGGCGAAUAACCCAAGCUUCAGUUUUCUAAAUAAGGACGAUCAAUUAUAUCCAUAUUACAGACAUGUUAGAUUGCUCUUGCAAACUGGGUUAUUUGCUUAUGGCAAUGGCAGCGACGAAGGUGAAUCAAGCCAAGAGGAUGAGGACGAAGAAACGGCGAGUGAACUACCAACGCAAGUUGAAGCAAAUGAAGAAAGAUCGCCACAGAUUUUGGACCAACAGAAUAUAAUUGAUGAGGUAGUUGGCCCCAAGGAAGAGCAUGAAAACGGACAAAUACUAAAUCAUCAUCCGAAUGGAGUGAAUGCGUCUAAGCCGUCUUCUGGAACCAAACUUCCGCCUAAACCUUAUGGACCCGCUGUUGUACCACCACCCGAGAUUCAACUCGUGAUUGAUGAACUCGCAGCUUACAUUGCUAAAAGUGACCCAUCUUUUGAAUCAAAAAUUCGCGCACAACAUAUCGACGAUCCGAAAUAUAGUUUUCUUUUGCCGUGGAAUGAAUAUAAUCCAUAUUACAAGUUUAAAAUUCAAGAUGAAAGAAAUCUUUUGGGAAAAACUAAAAAAGAGGAACGGCAUCAACAGCAGAAUCGAGAAACCGAAAUCAAUAGGGCAUCGGAAAAAGAAGUGAAUGUUGAUUAUGAAACACCAUCAGAUUCAGAAAGUUCGCUGUCGGAUUGA